CCCUACAUAAACCCCGGCACUCGCCCCCUCUGGCUGCCACGACACUUCACUCUACUGUCUCCCCUCCUCCCCCACUUCUCUCUUCCAAAUCAAAAUCAAAUCCAGCCAGCUCUACAGUAGCCAGUUCUUCGUUUUCCUACCCGAGCGAGAGCUUAUCUGAGAGCCAGAGCGACACCUCAUGACGAGGGGCCUCGCGAGCGUCCCGUUCCUCUUCUUCUUCGCGCUGCCGCUCCUGGCCGCGUGCAAUGGACAGCAGCAGGUGCGGAAGAACUACGUGGUGCAUCUGGAGCCGCGGGAGGAGGGCAGCACGGGCCCGGUCGAGCAGUGGCACCGCUCCUUCCUGCCGGAGGCGGCCGCCACGCCGGACUCGGCAUCGGAUGCCGCUGCCGGCGACGGGCCGAGGAUCAUUUACUCGUACAGCCACGUGCUGUCGGGGUUCGCGGCGCGGCUCAGCGACGAGGAGGCCGAGCAGCUGCGGAACAAGGCAGGGUGCGUGCGUCUGUACCCGGAGGAAUUCCUGCCGCUCGCCACCACCCACUCGCCGGGGUUCCUCGGCCUCCACCUCGGCAAGGACGGGUUCUGGAGCCGCUCCGGGUUCGGCAAGGGCGUCGUCAUCGGGCUCCUGGACACCGGCAUCCUCCCGAGCCACCCGUCCUUCGGCGACGCCGGCAUGCCGCCGCCCCCGAAGAAGUGGAAGGGCGCGUGCGAGUUCACGGCCGUCGCCGGGACCGGUGGCUGCAACAACAAGGUCAUCGGGGCGCGCGCGUUCGGCAGCGCGUCCGUGAACUCGACGGCUCCCCCCGUGGACGACGCCGGCCACGGCACGCACACGGCCAGCACGGCGGCCGGCAACUUCGUCCAGAACGCCGACGUGCGCGGCAACGCGCACGGGACCGCGUCCGGCAUGGCGCCGCACGCGCACCUGGCCAUCUACAAGGUGUGCUCCCGCAGCCGCUGCUCCAUCAUGGACGUCGUCGCCGGGCUCGACGCCGCCGUGAAGGACGGCGUCGACGUGAUCUCCUUCUCCAUCGACGCCUCGGACGGCGCGCAGUUCAACUACGACCUCGUGGCCGUGGCCACGUAUAAGGCCAUGGAGCACGGCAUCUUCGUCAGCGCCGCGGCCGGCAAUGCUGGGCCUGUCGCCGGCUCCGUGGGCAACAGCGCGCCGUGGAUGCUGACCGUCGCGGCGGGCACCACGGACCGCGCGAUACGCACCACCGUGACGCUCGGCAACGGCGAGAAGCUCGAGGGCGAGUCCCUCUUCCAGCCCCGGAACAACACCGCCGGCCGCCCGCUGCCGCUCGUGUUCCCGGGCGCGUACGGCGACCCGGACGCCCGCGCAUGUACCACCCUCCCCGACACGGUGAGCGGCAAGAUCGUCCUCUGCGAGAGCCGUGGCAUCGGGGAGCACGUCGCGCAGGGGCAGACGGUGAACGCGUACAACGGCGCCGGCAUGGUCCUGAUGAACAAGGCCACGGAAGGGUACACCACCUUCGCCGACGCGCACGUGCUGCCGGCGUCGCACGUGAGCUACGCCGCGGGAGCGAAGCUCACCGCGUACCUCAAAUCGACCCCGAAACCCACGGCGAGCAUCACGUUCAAAGGCACGGUCAUGGGCUCGUCCCCGGCGCCGGCCGUGGCUUUCUUCUCGUCCCGCGGGCCGAGCAAGGCCAGCCCGGGCAUCCUGAAGCCGGACAUCACGGGGCCCGGGAUGAACAUCCUGGCCGCGUGGGCGCCGAGCGAGAUGCACCCGGAGUUCGCCGACGACGCCAGCCUCCCCUUCUUCAUGGAGUCCGGCACGUCCAUGUCCGCGCCGCACCUGAGCGGCAUCGCCGCCGUCAUCAAGUCCCUCCACCCGACCUGGUCGCCCGCGGCGAUCCGGUCAGCGCUCAUGACCACCUCCGACACGGCGGACCAUGCCGGCGUGCCGAUCAAGGACGAGCAGUACCGGAAGGCGAGUUCCUACGCCAUGGGCGCCGGGUACGUGAACCCGGGGCGCGCCGCGGACCCCGGGCUGGUGUACGACCUCGCCCCCAACGACUACAUCCCGUACCUCUGCGGGCUCGGGUACGGGGACGACGGCGUGAGGGAGAUCACCCACCGCCGGGUCGCCUGCGCCAAGCUGAAGGCCAUCACGGAAGCGGAGCUCAACUACCCGUCGAUGGUCGUCAAGCUGCUGUCGCAGCCCAUCACCGUCCGCCGCAAGGUGACCAACGUCGGCAACGCGGGCUCGGUGUACACGGCCGUCGUGGACAUGCCCAAGGAGGUGUCAGUGACCGUGCGUCCCCCAAUGCUGCGAUUCACCAGGGCCUACGAGAGGCAGAUCUUCACGGUGACGCUGCGGUGGGCCGCCGGGAAGCAGCCGGCCGUGGGCGGCGCCGAGGGGAACCUGCGGUGGGUGUCCCAGGACAAGCUGCACGUCGUCAGGAGCCCCAUCGUGAUACCGCGGGCCAAGCCUGCGGCCGUCGCCUAGGCUUGCCUUGCCUGGUGUUCAAGGCGUCACCUUUCGCCGGUGCGAAGGACGGAAGGAAGGGGAUUAAUUUAGACGUGGCCUGCGUACGUGUGCGCGCAUGCGUACGUUGCCGCGUGUGACAUGGAAAGGUUGUUCGUUUGUAUAGGCUGCUGGCGCACGCGGUCGAUUUAGGCGUACGCACUGCUACGACGAUGACGUUGCAGCCAGCUCGGCUGCAACGCUCAUCAAUCGGUGCUGCGUGUAUGUAUAUACUGAGAAAUAAUCCUCGAUUUUAUUUUAGCUCGUGAAA